CCUGAUAGAUUAUAUUAAAAUCUCGCUUUCUCUUCUUCCUCUCUAUCUUCUUCUCCUAUUUUCCAAAGAAACUCCUCUUCAUUUAUAAAGAACCCACAAAAAGUAUCUCAUUCUCUUUACGUCACAAAGACUUUGAUCCCAAAUAAUGGACCGACGUAACCCUUUCCAUCAUCACGAACAUCAACUUUAUCACUUGAUCCAACAGCAACAGCUCCCUCUACCGCCGCAGAGCACGAUGGCUGCGAUGGAUUCUGGUGGCGGAGGAGGUGAGAGAAUCCCUCAGUGGAGCAUAGAGGAGACAAAGGAGCUUUUGGGUAUAAGAGAAGAGCUCGAUCAGACUUUCAUGGAGACCAAACGUAAUAAGCUACUUUGGGAAGUCGUCGCCGCUAAAAUGGCCGACAAGGGUUUUGCCCGAAGCGCAGAACAGUGUAAGAGCAAGUGGAAGAACCUCGUCACUAGAUACAAGGCGUGUGAAACGACUGAACCAGAAGCUAGUAGGCAGCAGUUCCCAUUCUACAGCGAGAUCCAAUCGAUUUUCACAGCAAGAAUGCAAAGAAAUUUGUGGUCAGAGCCCACAGAAGGAAGCACUUCUUCGAAGAGAAAACACCAUCAGUUUUCAUCUGACGAAGAGGAAGAAGAUCAAGUUGAGGAGCCAAAUCAAGACAUCAACGAGGAACUCUUGUCUUUCAUCGAGACAGACAAGAAAGAGGCAGAAGUGAUUACUACUAGUACUUCUACUGAUCCAAGAAAACGUGUGAAAAAAGGAAAAGGUAUAUUUACAGGUAGUACCAAAGCUGAAACCGCGGGUAGUACAUUGAAAGAAAUAUUGGAGGACUUUAUGAGGCAAACGGUGAAGAUGGAGAAAGAAUGGAUAGCUUCAUGGGAGAUGAAGGAGAGAGAGAGGGAGAAGAGAGAGCACGAGUGGCGGAGGAGAAUGGCUGAUCUAGAGGAGGAGAGAGCUGCUGCGGAGAGGAGGUGGAUGGAGAGAGAGGAUGAGAGACGGUUGAGAGAAGAAGCUAGGGCUCGGAAGAGAGAUACACUCAUUGAUGCUUUGCUUAAUAAGCUUAAUAGAGAUCACAAUGAUGAUCAUUAUCAAGGCUUUUAAAUAUUGUUUUCUAGCUAUUUGAUUUAAGCAUGGGAUCACUUAGCUAGUUCUUUAGUAACUUCAAUCUCAUUUUAUUAAUGUUUGUUUUAUUUAGUAUAUGAAUAGUUGAGUUGAAAACCACAAAUCCUAGUUUGCUCUCGUAGAAUGCUUUAAUUUCCUGGGGUUUUUGUUUUGGGGUUUUAGGUUCAUAAUCUAUGAGUUUUUAAAUCAGUUACCCUCAAAAAUGUGUUUUUAAAUCAAUUGUUGUACAAAAGUGAGCUUUUGAAAAUAGUACUUCUGAUGCAUUUAGUGGUAACUAACCUCAAAAUAAGAGGAAAUGUGAAAAUCUUGGACCUAUAAUAGAACGAGUAAAACGAGCAUAUCCAAAAGCAAAUUGGUUUACUAUUUUUAGCUACUUUGAUCUGCUAAUAAUAGUGUUCCAUGGUUAUUAAUUAAUCAGUCGUUAAACAAAAAGUAAGUAAAAGUCCGCCUUGUUACAAAAUUCUAAACUCACAUUUGUCACACAUUAUUACUUCACCGCGUUAUCUGUGUAUUAACUCACAUAUAUAUAACGUUUUUUUUUCUCUAGUAGUUUUUUAUUAUUGUAUUAUUUCUUUCUUCUCUUGCAACAGCCAGCUACCAAACAGAUCGCAACACAGUUAAAAACUUUUUUUUUUUUUUUUUUUUGCUAAACUGUAAAUAUCAUUAAGAUGAGUAAAGAGCUUACAAAAAGAUCUAUGUUCUGAGCCAUCUUGGCAAAAAAGAAGAAAAAACAAGAUGGAUCAAAAUAAACUUAGAGAAGAGACUAUCUUAUCCACAAAGGCAUUAGAUAGUUGAAUAGCUU